UAGCUUGUUACAAAACGUAUAACGCGGCAACUCGGCGCUUCUGUUCCGAAAGUGGAUUUUAAGUCGAGGAACGUCGAGCCGAGUUUUCAAAAACUCCAAUGGAGACAAGACGCUCAAAGCGCAACGCCGGCGACAAGGAAGUAACGGCAGUCCAGAUGAAAGUCGUCCAGAAAUCAUCUCGAACCGCCCUGGCAUCCAAGCGCCUUCGCUACUCUCCUCCUCUUCCUCGUGCUGGAGCACGACACAGGAGUAAGAAGCACAACAUGGAAAACAUACAACGAAAAGAAAACGAGGACUCUUCGCAUUCUGAAAAUAGUGACGCAGAAGUCACAAAUGGUAAAGGACUCUCGGCCUAUGAACUGGAGCGUCUGGAGAAUAUCAGGCAGAAUCAAGCCUUCCUCUCCUCUCUCAAACUGUUUCAGGCAUCCAAAGACUUAAAGCAAUCGUCAGCCAGACGGCAGCCAUCGAAGAGAGGGCUGACAAGGAAACCCGCAGUCGUAAAAGAAGUCGUCCCAUCUCGGAGGUCCCUGCGUCUCCAAAACAAACAAGCAGAGGUCCUCACUCUUCCCCCAGAACCAAGAGAAACGGAAGUCGUGAAACAGACCAAGAAGCCCCCAGGUCCUCUGCCUAUGGAGCCAGUCAACAUGGCCGAAGGAAGCGAGCUCCCACCUCAAUUUCUCCAACUCUGCUCAGAGGUGUCUUCCAGAGAAAGAGGAGUGGAACUCGAUUUGAAAGAGUACUGCUCUUUGCUGAAAAAAAUGAGGAUAAGUGAAGACCAAGUGGCCAAAGUUGUGAAGGAGCGCAUCUUCUCAGCAGCCUUCCACCCCGCCUCCACUAGCCUCCUCAUGGCCGCGGGUGACAAGUAUGGGAAAGUGGGCAUCUGGAGUGUGGGUGGCGACUGGGGUGACGACGGCGUUUUGCUGUUUGAGCCCCACACUCGCCCGGUGGGCUGUUUGGCUUUCUCCAAGGCGCACCCUGCUCAGCUGCUGAGUCUCAGCUAUGAUGGAUCCCUGCGCUGCAUGGAUGUGGAGAAGGGAGCUUUUGAUGAUGUGUACGGCAUUGAAGACGGCCUAAAAACCUUUGACUUCCUGUCACAUGACUGUGCGACACUCGUGGUCGGAGACUGGUAUGGAAACGUCGCGAUUGUGGACCGGCGUACACCAGGUACCUCACACGAGUCCCUUCACUCGUUGGACCCCAAGGUUGUACGCUGUGUCAGUGUUCACCCGCUACAACAACAAUACGUUGCCGUGGCCGAGAGCAGGGAGGUGAGCAUUUACGACGCUCGGUGUUUGAAAAAGACGAGAAGCCAACCGGUCUCCCAGCUCCAGGGUCACUCUUUAAGCAUAUCCAGCUGUUACUUCUCUCCAUGUACAGGCAACAGAGUGUUAACUUCUUGUAUGGAUAACUAUGUUCGAAUAUAUGACACAUCCGCCAUGAUGACCGAAGCGCCCCUGCUGACAUCCAUCAGGCAUGACAUGAGGACUGGUCGCUGGCUGUCCAAACUAUCGGCCGUGUGGGACCCCAAACAGGAGGACUGCCUUUUGGUAGGCAGCAUGUCAAGGCCUCGCAGAGUGCAGGUGUUCCACGAGAGCGGUCGGCUUCUGCACAUAUUCAAAGACAACGAGCAUCUCAGCACGGUGCUGUCAGUCACGGCCUUCCACCCCACCCGAAACGCCAUCCUGGGCGGCAACGCGUCCGGACGACUGCACGUCUUCUCAGAUUGAGACUCCCUCCAUUCCUGGUUGCCUUCAGAGUUUCAGCAAUGACAAAGGUGGCAAUUGUUCCAAGAUAAAUAUUUUGAGUUUUAUAGCAAUGCAAAUAUAUGUUUAUUUUAAAGAUGACCUCCGUAUUUUUCAUCUUUUUCUCUUUGAAACCGUUCAAAUAAAUGUUACAAUUCACGGUUGUCGUUGGCGUUCAUUCCAAGUGACAGCCUCAAGAUGGCAGUGUAGGCAUACACGCUUCCUCGGCACAAUAUUGCAUCUGUUCAAUCAUGAGAACUGGUUCGAAAAUGCCUCAGACACUGUUCGAGCCAUGAUGGAUUGGAAAACGCACGCGCUGUAAAAUCAUCCCAUCAAUCAUACCUUGCGGUCUCCAUGGUGACAUGAACAGCAAUGAAACAUCUGCAUUCAAGGAAGAAGUCGUGGAGGUGAUUUGCCACUUGUUCUGACAGCAGCGCAUCCAUUGUCAUGUGUCCAGUGUCAAACUUGCAACCAAAGUAAGUCAACGAUCGGGCAACAAGCAGAUCUGAAUUUCAAUAGCACUGCAGUGACAGAUCCUUCACACAUGCAUCCGCAGGCCUUCUGAGAAUAAAAACCUUACUCUGAAGGUUAAGGUUCAACCCGCAUUAUUUAUUGCUCUUGACUUAGAAAUCUCACUAAUGAGGCAAAAAUGUCAACUUAAUUUCUAUGAUUUAGUAUUUGUUUCCCUUUGUGUCACAUCCCGUGAGCUUACUGCAAGACCCUGCUAAUCAAGUCUUGCGAGUCCAAAUAAAAGAAAAAGCUGUUAGUGCUGCAAUUUGCUCGCGUCGGGGUAUAGCAAAAAUUUAUGACGAAACUUGCUGGCUUGACCACCAGAUGCAAUGCAACAUUGGAUA